ACCCCUGCUUGAGUGUGUGAGCCAGUGAAGUAUUGCGACUAUGAAUCAGCACAGCUGUGCCGACAGCGGCAUCGGCGAGGAACGCCUGCUAACGAGCGAGGAACAGAAAAGAGUUUGUUUUGAGUUCUUCCGGAGCUGGAGAGAGGCGGAACAGACCGAUUUCGUACAGUCGCUGCUGAAAUUGAUGACACACUAUCAACACGGGCAGAUCAACGCGUUCCUUGUGCCGAUGAUGAAACGAGACUUCAUCGGGUCGCUCCCCGACAAGGGUCUUGAUCACGUGGCCGAGUUGAUUCUGUCGUUCUUGGACGCGUAUUCGCUGUGUCAGGCUGAGUUGGUGUGUCGGGAUUGGUACCGGGUAAUACAGGAUGGCUUCCUGUGGAAGAAGUUGAUCGAGCAGAAAGUGAAAACGGACUCACUGUGGAAGGGACUAUCGGAGAGGAGGGGAUGGUCUCAGUGUCUCUUCAGACCUGGUGGUCCCGAAGACGAGAAGGACCCCUUGUUCUAUAGAAAGCUGUACCCUCGUAUCAUAUCCGACAUAGAAAACAUGGAAGCAAACUGGAGGAGCGGACGACACGUUCUCAGUCGAAUUCAGUGUCGAAGCGAAAUGAGCAAGGGCGUUUACUGCCUACAGUACGACGACUCGAAAAUCGUCAGCGGACUCAGAGACAACACAAUCAAGAUAUGGAUGAAGGAUAAUUUGGAGUGUGCGAAGGUGUUGACUGGUCACACCGGUUCGGUUCUGUGUCUGCAGUAUGAUGAGACUCACAUCAUCACGGGGUCCAGUGACUCCACCGUCAGGGUUUGGGAUAUCGAAACCGGCGAGAUCGUCAACAAGCUCAUACAUCACUGUGAGGCCGUCCUACAUCUGAGAUUCCAAAACCAGCUAAUGGUCACAUGCUCAAAGGAUCGGACUAUUGCCGUGUGGGACAUGCACAGCCCGUUUGACAUCACACUGAGACGAGUGUUAGUCGGACAUCGAGCGGCCGUUAAUGUCGUUGAUUUCGACGAUAAAUAUAUCGUGUCCGCAUCAGGGGAUCGAACCAUCAAGGUGUGGAAGACAGAGACGAGCGAGUUUGUACGGACUCUGCACGGGCAUCGACGUGGAAUCGCGUGUCUACAAUACAGAGACAACUUAGUAGUCAGUGGGUCUUCAGAUAACACGAUAAGAUUGUGGGAUAUUUCUUGUGGUGCUUGUCUGCGGACGUUAGAGGGUCACGAGGAGUUAGUUCGUUGUAUACGGUUCGACUCGAAGAGGAUUGUUAGUGGAGCUUAUGACGGAACCAUCAAAGUUUGGGACCUCGAAGCAGCGCUGGAUCCUCGAGCUCCGGCCAAUACCGUUUGUGUUAGAACUCUUGUGGAACAUACAGGUCGAGUUUUUCGUCUUCAGUUCGAUGACUUCCAGAUCGUUAGCAGUUCUCACGAUGACACAAUUCUUAUCUGGGACUUUUUGAAUGCCCCAAAUACCGAUCAGCCAUCGUCAAGCCACUUCCCCUAUAAUUCGCCUUCAAGCCAACCAACCACUCCAAUCACUCCAAGCCAAUCCAUCACGCAUGUCAAAUAGUUGAUUAUUUAUCUUGUCUAUUUUCAUUAGAACUUCCCGCUUCUACUCUAGUUCUGAUAUAAUAUACCAUGUGUACAGUGACUAGAGCUUUAUAGAGCUAAUAGUAGUGAACGAAUCUUUUGGUUCAUUACAGUUAUGAUAACAUCAACUGAAUUACGAAUAAUAACUAAAAUUAGAA